AUGACUGUUCCGCCCAUGAUGGCGGCCGUCAAUGCCACUAUGCGAGCGGGACAAAAUUAUGCGCGCAGUGUAAUAGCUCGUUUAUCUGGAGCUAUAUUUUAUGGAAAUGCUUUGUUUUCGCAAAUACUUACAUGGAAAUUUAUAUCAUCUUGGCAAGGCUUAUGUUAUCAUUGGACGAGAGCUGAAAGAGAAUUAGCAGCUACUUUAUUUCCUGAUGAUACCAUACGGAAAAAAAUUAUCAUUAUAACAUGUGUUGUUUCCGCCUGUGCUAUUUUGGAACACGUAUUAAGUAUGAUGGCAGCGACUGGUUUUGAUUGCCCGCCCGAGGAAUAUUUUAAACGAUACAUUUUGACUUCGCAUGGUUUUUUGCUUAAUUCAUAUGAAUACCGUUUGUUCUUGGGAGUACUGAUAUUUUUCCUCAGUAAACUUGCCACCAUCAUGUGGAACUUUCAGGAUUUGAUCAUAAUUCUUAUAAGCAUGGGAUUGACGUCACAGUACCGCAAAUUGAAUUGGAGAACGUAUUGUAUUAUAAAAAGUGUAAAACACGACAAAUAUAACCAAAGUGUAAAGAUAUUCCAGUUUCAUGGUAAAUCAUUCUCGCAAGUGCAAACGUGGCGCCGGCUUAGGCAGGCGUACGUCCGGCAGGCGGCACUGGUGCGAAAGGUCGGCGACAAACUCGGCGCUUUGAUCCUGCUUUCAAAUUUGAACAACUUGUAUUUCAUCUGCUUGCAACUUUUUCUUGGGAUAAACAACGAACAAGGACCACCGUUAAAUAGGAUUUACUAUCUGUUAUCUCUGAGUUGGUUAAUAUCAAGAGCCUGUGGUGUAGUACUAGCUGCAGGCGAGAUUCAGAUACAUUCACGAAGCGCCUUACCUCUUCUGCAAACAACGUGCACCGGGACUUUCAAUGUUGAGGUGGACAGGCUGAAAACUCAGCUGAAGUUUGAUUGGGUGGCGUUGCAAGGAAUGGGACUAUUUUCUCUAGAUAGAAGACUAUUACUGAAAGUAGGUUUUAAUUUCUGGCUUACAUUUUAUUUUUAAACAAUGACAAAUUUCGG